AUGUGCUCCGUGCAGGGGAUCCCCAGUCCCGGCACCACCAUCGGCCUGAGGGUCUCCUUCGUGGACGUUCACCCGGAGGUGCCGCUAGUGCGGCUGUGGGGCCUGCUGGGCGAGCGCCGGGAGGAGUAUGCCCGGCUGCACCAGGACAUCCAGGCUAAGGCCGGGCCGCGCCUGGUCGGCGCCCCGGGAGCCGUCUGGCCGGCGGCGGGGGCCGGGCUGUGCUCGGGGGACCUGUGCCUGGUGGAACUAGGGGACCAUUGGCACCGCUGCCGGGUCGUGAGCCGCCAAGGCCAGCGCUGCCGAGUCUUCCUGCUGGACGAGGGUCGCACGGUGGCGGCCGACGCCUACUACUUGGCCCGGGGCAGGGACGAAUUCUUCCACCUGCCCUCCGAGGUGCUGGGCUGCGUGCUGGCCGACCUGGUGCCGCCGGGAGACGGGGCGGCCGUGGCGGGCAGCGGGGAGCAGCCGGCCGCCAGCUGGACGGCGGGCGCCCUGGAGUUCCUGAACUACCUGCACGCCAAGGAGGUGUCGGGGCUGGUGCGAGAGGUGCUGAUGCCGCAGUGCCUGGUGCUGCUCGAGCUGCCUUCGCUGCUGGCCCAGAUGCACCACCUGGGCCUGGCCAAGCAGGUCACUCCCAGCUGCUUCCGAGCCCUGCUCAAGCGCUGCCUGGCAGCGCCCUGCCUGCACGGCCAGCCCAAGCCGGAGCCCCCCGGCCCUACUUCGGCUCAGCAGUACCCUCUUGCUACCACUCCCCAGCCGGGCCCGGCCGCCCUGGAUUUCUUCUACCCACGGCUGCAGCUGGGGGUGACUGAGCCGGUGCUAGUGACCCAGAUCUCCGACCCGCACCACGUCUAUUGCCAGCUGCAGAGCCUCUCCCAGGAGAUCCAACGCCUCUCGGACUCCUUGCACCAGAGGUACGAGGCGGCGGCCAGGCGGGAGCAGGAUCCGCUACCCAAGCCGGGCGCCCCUUGCGCCGCACGCUGCAUAGACGGGCGCUGGUACCGCGCGCUGUUGCUGGAGAUCUUCCCCGGGGAGCAGGGUCGGCUGGUGGCCCAGGUGAUCUGCGUGGACUACGGCAGGAAGGAGUUCGUCAUCGGGGCUAACCUCCGCCGCCUGCCCCUGGAGUGUUUCCGCAUGCCGGUAGUGACCUACCCGUGCGCCCUGCAGGGCAUCUCGGACAGGGGCUGCGGCUGGUCCUGCUCCCAGCUCAGCGGGCUCAAGGCGCUGCUGCUGGGCAAGGCGGUGAGCGCUCGCAUCGAAACCUACAGUCCCUUCGAGCACCUCUACUACGUGAACCUGUAUGGGGAGAACGGCCUCAACCUGAACUGCCUCUACGGGGUGCAGAGCGGCUGUCUGGCCCACAGCCUGCUGCGGGGCGGCCAGGGAGCGCAGGAGCGGCCGGAAGAGGAGGACGCCGCCCCUCCUAAGGAGCUGGGGCCGCCGCCGGACACACUCCCCACAACUACGGCUCAGAGGGACCCGGCCACUGCCCACCUGCCGGGCGUGCGGGUGAAGGUGGGAGUGUUCUACCAUGCCAAGGUGUCCUUCGUCCGAGACCCGUCCGAGUUCUGGCUGCGGCUGAAGGAGCACCUCCUGCCCUUCAGCCAGCUGAUGCGGAGCAUGAGCGACUUCUACUCCCGAGCCCAGAAGCUGGACGGCAUCGUCCUGGAGCCCCAGCCGAGAUCCCUGUGCUGCGCCAAGUGGAAGGAGAACGCCUACUAUCGGGCCGUUAUCACCAGUGUGCUGGGGAAUGGGGUGGAAGUGCACCUGGUGGAUAGAGGCAACAGGGAGAUCUUGGAUUGGUAUGAGGUAAAGGAGCUGCUGCCUCAGUUCAGGGAGCUGCCUGCUGUAGCUCUGAAGUGCUGUUUGGCAGAUGUCUCUCCCCUGGGAGAGACAUGGAGUAAAGAGUCUGUGGCUCACUUUAAAAGGGCAGUGCAGAGCAAAGAGCUGUUGAUCCAGGUGUUGGGUACGCAGGGUGACAAGCAUGUGAUUGAAAUUCUUGACCAGUCUCAAACAGGGGAGAAAAAUAUAAGCAAAAUUUUGUCCCAAGGAGGCUAUGCAAAAUUCCAAGGGUCUGAGAUUCCAGACACUCUUCAGAAAUUAUCUGUUCAGUCUCUGAGGCAGGAUCCCAAAGAAUAUACUGGCGAGGGGGAGCUAGUAAGUUCAACAGCCAGGAAGAGUGGCGUGCAAACCAAAACAAUAAGAGACAAUAUAGCGCUGAACCCCUCUGUGCCUUUGACAGUCAAAGACCAGCCUACUGCAGAAAAUUGCCAUUUAUCAAGUGACUCAGCUCCUGAUGAAAAAAAAAUUAAGGGAAACCUAAAUCUGCCCUCCUCUCUUAUACAGUACUACUUGGAAAUAAAACCAGGAUCUCCUUAUGAAGGUCAGCUGGAAGUUGGUAGUACAGUUCAGGUGAUAAUAUCUUAUGUUGAAAGUCCUGGCUACUUUUGGUGUCAGUUGAGGAGAAACAACCAAGAACUUAAGUCAUUAAUGGCUGAAAUUCAGGAUUAUUGCAAGACUUCAGCACAGCCAUAUUGUUGGGCAAGUCCAGUGUGUUUAGCUAAGUAUUCAGAGGAUGAGAAAUGGUACAGAGCUUUGAUUAUUAGUGGAGAGUGUUCUACAGAACAGGUAGAAGUAAUAUAUGUUGACUAUGGGAACAAGGAGCUGGUUUCUGUAAAGAAUCUCUGCUCAAUUAAUGCAAACUUUCUGAAAUUAAAGGCUCAGGCUUUCAGAUGCAGCCUUUACAAUUUAAUCCAACCAAAUGGUCAGGAUCCUUUUGUUUGGGAUGAAAAAGCAAUCCAAGCUUUUCAGGAGUUUGUUGAUGACACAGCAGAUCAUUUGGAACUGAAGUGUACAAUAUUUGCUCUAGCUGCCAUAAACAAUAAAGAGCUAUUUAAUGUUGUGGACUUAAUUACACCUUUUCAGAGUGUGUGCCAUUUUUUAACCGAGAAAGGGUUGGCCAGACCUGUACCGUCUCAAAAACCUCUGGCAUCCACCAUUCAGCUACACUCUUACUAUUAUUCUACACAUGACAUCAAAAUUGGAAGUGAAGAAGAGAUUUAUGUAACACAUGUUGACAAUCCAUGGAAAUUUUACUGCCAACUUGCCAGAAGUGCAGAUGUCCUAGAACUGCUCACAAAUAACAUUGGUCGACUAAGCAAAGUACUGCACAGUUUAAAAAUGUCACAAAACCCCGGAAACCUAUAUCUUGCAAGGUAUACUGACAAUCACUGGUACAGAGGAGCAGUUUUGAAAACCAAGCCUAAUAAAGAAGUCAUCUUUGUAGACUUUGGGAAUACACAGGUGGUAAAGAAAGAAGACUUGAUUCCUAUACCUAGUGAUGCAUAUGAUAUCUUACUUUUGCCAAUGCAAGCUAUAAAAUGUUCACUAUCUGAUAUCUCUAAUGUACCGAAAGAAGCUACCACAUGGUUUGAAACUGCUGUCUUGCAUAAGCCUUUAAAGAUGAUAGUGGUAGCAAAAGAAUCUGAUGGAAGGCUGAUAGUUGAACUGUAUGAUGGCAAUAUUCAAAUUAAUGCAAAAAUUAAAGAGGGUUUAAGCUUACCAAGAAAUAGAGAGUCUAACAAAUAUGUAGAAAAUGAAACUCUACAUUCUAAAAACAUAAAUGCUAAAGAGAGGAAUGAAAACAUGAAGUCAUCAUCAACAUACAUGAGAAAGUCUGAGACUAAACCUUGGAGAUCUGAAAUCCAAGGAGAAGACUGCAAUACCAAAACCAGCUUUGUAUGUAAGGAUGUAAAACACUUCCAACCUGCUGCAAAAAGAGAGUUGUCAACCAAGUUUCUAGGAUCUGUGGAAAGAUUUAACAGUAACAAAGUUUUUCCCUCAGCAAGUACUUCGUUAAUAGGUAAAAAAGUAGAUGAAAAUAGAUCUUUACGCUUUAUAAAGAAAGAGAUAAAGUCUGAUAUUAAACCUGAUACUGUUAAAACUAGAAAUCAAGAAGAAAAUAGUACACUUUUCCCAAUUAAAAGCAUAUGUGACUUGCCUCCAAGGAACUUAGUGCCUGGUCUGAAGACUUUAGUAUACAUUUCUCAUGUAAAUAACCCUUCAGAUUUUUAUAUUCAAUUAGCAAGUGAUGAAUCUCAACUUAACAAUAUUUCAGAAGGAUUAAACAAUAAAACAGGAACAGAGAGUCUCAGUCAACAACAGAUGCAAGUAGGAGACUUAAUUGGUGCCGUUUUUUCAGAAGAUGGCUUGUGGUAUCGAGCUGUAGUAAAAGAAAAACUAUCUGAUGAACAGAUAAGUGUACAAUAUAUAGAUUAUGGCAACACUUCCGUAGUUAAUGUUUGUGAAACAAAUAGACUGCUUGAAAAAUAUUCAUCAAUUCCAAUGAUGAGUAUUCAUUCUUCACUGGCUGGAGUUCAGUCCAAACAGUUUACAAAUUGGACACAGGAAGCAGUGAGUUAUUUUUCAGAAAGAACAAGUGAAGUUAAAAUAAACUGUGAAUUUGUAGAGAAACUCAAAGACAGAUGGGAAAUUGUUCUCUAUGACGAGCAAGGUAUGAUAGCAGUGGAUCUGAUUAAUGAAACCUUUGGAAUGAGAGAAGAAUCUCAGUCAACAGAAGCACUUGACAGAAGAGAGAGUGGUGCUGAUGUGGCAAAUCAGUGUGAACCUCUGCCUUUUGAAGAGAAAAAUAAAGCUUCUAGUAUAACUGACACUAAAUCAUUCUUCUGGAAGAUUCCAGAGGUAGCUCAGACUGUAGAAACCUAUGUCACUGUUGUAAAGGGCCCAGAAUACUUUUGGUGUCAGAUGGCUGACGCAGAUAAUAUAAACUACUUAGAAAAAAAACUACAGGAAACUGGAGAACUUGAAAUAAGCAGUGUGGAUGACUUCAGGUCUAGUAUUAGAAGUGGUGAUAUUUGCAUAGCAAAGUAUAGUGAAGAUGGAAAACUUUACAGAGCAAAAGUUAGCAGCGUAAAAGGUAACAACCUAACUGUCAGACAUGUGGAUUAUGGAUCUGAGGAACUUGUUGGCAGAGAGAUGAUUAGACAAAUUCCUGAUCAAUUGCUUACAAUACCUAUGCAAGCAUUUCCAUGCUGUCUAUCUGGAUUUAAUUCCCCAGAGGGUUCAUGGAGUAAUGAAGCAAAAGACAAGUUCUAUGACAUGACUGCAGAAUAUUUACUAGAGGUUACAGUAAUGGAAAUACAAAAGGAUAACUCUUCUGAAAUUCCCUUAUCUGUUGUUAAACUGGAAUGUAACGGAAAAAACAUUAAUGAGGAGAUGAAACGUUUUUGGCAGUAUAACACUGACACGACUUUGGCAAACAUUCAGAACGCUUUCAGUGAAAAGAAUGAGGGUCCAGGGACAGAUAAUACAGAUGCUGUUUGCCUUGAAAGAGCUGCGGCUUCUACUGGAGUUGCUGAGCAAGAAAAUAGUGCUCUGCAGGAUGCUUUACUCUGUGCAGAACCAUUCCACCUGACAGACAGUGGAUGUCUAAAUACUGCAGGAAUUGAAGAAGUGAUUCUCAAAACUGCUAAUGAGCAUCAGACCAAUUUUGAAAUACUUAAUAAAGUGGAGAAUCCUUUAUUGAAAAAAGAGAGUGAUAGCGAAACAAAGGUAUAUGUAGAACCGAAAACAUCUGAACCACAGCUUCUUGCCAAUAGUGAAACAAAGGACUUAGAUCUUGAGCCAUCUGAAGCACAGUUCUUGGAGGAUGACGAACUCAAAGCAGAGACGUUAGAAUUAUCACUUGAAGUACAGUCUCUCCUGGGUGAAGAAAGAAAGGAGCAGUUGGCACUUCCAUCAGCUGAGGUGCAUCCUUCCCUGGAUGAGAAUGUGAAGCUGUUGGAAAUGGAGCAGUUACAAAUGCACUCUUCACUUGAUGAACUUAAAAAGCUCUUACUGGAGCUAGAGUCACUCGAAGUGUACCCUUCCUUGGGUGACAAAACAAAAGAGAUUCUGGAACUGGAGUCAUUAGAAAUGCAGACUUCCUUGACCGAUGAAACAAAGGAAAAAUUGUCAGAACUGGAAUCACUCCAAGUACAGCUUUUGGAUGAUGAAACAGGGGAGCUAAUGAACCUGAAAUCACUUGAAGUGUCACCUUCAUUUAGUAAUAGAGAGAAUUGGUUGGAAAUGGAGUCAUCACUUGAAAUACAGCCUGUAUGCGGUGAUGAAAGAGGGAAACUAUUUGAACUGAUACCAUGUGAGGAGCAGAUUUCCUUGGGUGAAGAAACAAAGGAGAGAGUGGAUUGGGACUUGGACUUGCUUGAAGUUCAUCAAAUGAAAGCUGUACCAACUGAGUUGGAAGUGGAGUCUGCCCUAGUAAAAACUUUACUUAGUAAUGGAGCCAGAAAGGAGCUGGAACCAGAGAUGCACAAAGUACAGUCUUUGCUUGGUGCUGAAAGAAAAGAGGUAUUGGAACUGAUGCCAUUGGAAGUGCAGGCUUCUCUUGGUGAUGAAACAAGGAAGGACCCAUUAGAGUUGGAACCAUCUAAUUUAGAGCUUUCUGUAGAUAGUGCAGAUCAGCUUUCAUUCCCCAAAACUGACUUAAAAAAACAAGUGUCUACUUGCCCUGUAGAGCUGUGUGGUGUAGGACAAGCUGAUAGCAGAGGUGAAAAAUGUAAGAACUGGCUAACUUUGCAAGAGAAGAGUUGUGCAGAACAGAUGGAAUCAGACUUGCAUAAAGUGUUCAGAGAGUAUAAAACUAUUCUUGUGAGUGGGGAGUCCUUGAGGCAUAACCCCUCAGAUGAAGAAGAAAUUGAAAUAAGAGAAAAGCAGGAUGCAACUUUAGCUGGUCAUGGUGCAGAGCAAAGUGAGCAUGCCUGUAAUCUAGAGGGGUUUGCUGUUGGCUCCAAAUGUAUGGUGUGGACAUGUCUGAAGUGGUGUGAGGCUCGGAUUUUGGAGAUAUCUGAUGAAGGCACCAAGGUUUUGAAUCUCUCUACUGGCAAUGAGGAGAUAGUGAAUCCUGAGCAUGUUUGGAAUGGCAUUCCUGAAGUGACGAAGAGUCCAUAUGAGGCAGCGUUCCAUGUGACAGAUAAGGAGUGCAAGUUAUCAGUGGAGGGCUCAGAGUUGAAAGGUAGUACUUCUAUUUUUCUUUCUAAACUCCUGCCAUAUGAAGAAUUCAUUGUUAGUUGGAUGUUAAGUAUCUGUCUUUUGUUUCAAAAGGCUAAAAGCAUGAUAUUCUAGUAUAUUAUAAACAGAAUAACUUCCAGCUGUGAAAUGCAAUUGGACUAACUGGUCACUUUCGAAUAAUUUUUUGGGUUCUUCACUAGCAGGUACAGCACAGGCAGUAACAGUGCAAGACCCCCGCAUAUUGCCUUGUCUGGGAGGACUAUCCCUAAGGGGAAAUAGUUCUGUUUUCAUGCCUGGUCAAAUCCUUGGCCUUUCUGCUGAGUGUACCAGUUAUGGCUAUCUCUUUGUACUUUUCCACUUGGAGAAUUGAACUGUGAUCACCAAGUCAGGUCUUGUAGGUCCCCAAAUCUUUGUAAAAUGGUAGUGACUGUCACAUGAAAGUCUUUGUAUCCAUUACUGAUCACCUGAGGCACGUGGUCUCUUUGUAGCUCUUCCCUUAUUUUUGUUCUUUCUUACAAAAAAAAGUACAAGAAACCCUUAUGUCCUUCUGUUUUUUUCUUUGAGAUGAUGGGGUUUAACUUGCAAACUUGUUGACUGAUACUAGAAAUAAAAAGCUUAGCUGGUGAUACUUUCUUCCUGCCUUUUUACAGUGCCUGAAAAAGCUAUUAGCUAAUCUGCUUUUCUCAUUUGAGUCAAAGGUGUAUAAUAGACCUUCCUACAACUAGCAUUGGUUUACUUAAGUUUGUCUGGUUUUUUGCCAGGAUUCUUUUUUUUCAGUACUGUAAUGUACACAUAGAGGAUGGCAACCUACUACUGCUAUCAGGCACUCCAUUAGUUCAAGUGACAGAGAUCUGUGGUGGAUUGAAAGGUGAUUGAAAGGUUCCAACACUGCUUAUUGACAUCUAGAUGGGUCACAUGCCAUGUGAAGGCAUUUCUGUUUUUUUGUUUGUUUGUCUUUUCAGUUUGUUUUCUGAAAAACCCAAGAAAUUACACACAAAACUAUAUUGAAAAAAAUUAUUGAGGCUGCAAUGUCAAGCCCUCAAAAGUGAGGAAAUGCCAUGCUUAAGGUGCAACCUUAAUUUGGCCCCCUUGUGCAUAUGCAUUCUUAUGGUCUUUAAUUACAUGAUCACAAAUUAUUUUUUCCACAGGUCCUUUGCCUCAUUCAGUGUACAGGAUGGUCUUGCUCUGGGGAUGAAUUAGGGUUGUGUGGUAAAGGAGACUGUUGUCUCUUCAACUUCUGCUGCAUUAUUUGUUGCAGAAGUUGAAAGGUGUGUAGUGAAUGAGGCAGUGCAUUGCGGGAAGAGAAAGUGGGUCUGGUGAUCGAGGUAAGUGAAUGCUACCCUGAAGAACCAGAUUCUAUCUUUGCCUGUGCCAUAGAGUCCCUAUGUGAUGCUGGGGUUACACUGGGAUGCUCUUAAACCAAACUUUCCACAGGCAGUCGCUAAUUGUGUUCCAUUUUCUGGAUGCCCAAAUUGAGGCCCUGGUUUCUGAUGUGUUGAUUUCAGUAGAUGUGAAUGCUCAAUAGGAGCUGUGCUUUGAACUUGUAGAGUGCUAUAUAAUGCUAAGUACUCUGAAAAAUCAGAUCCUAGGUGUCUCAGGGCACCCAAAACUAGCUGAUACCUUUGACAUUAUUCUCUGUCUCAACUCCUCAUGUGUAAAAUGCGGAUAUUACCACCCUCCCCAAGAGUGCCAUAGAGGAAUUAAUAAUCCUGUCUUCAGAGCAGGGUAUGAAUAGUGUGUAUUAUAUAAGGAUAAAAUAAAAUAUUGAAUAUCUGAUAAUUGAGCACCAUCCAUCCUGUGCAUAGAAUGAAGCAAGGGUCCUCUUAUCAUGUAAUUAGACCAUCAGAAUGCAUAUGCACAAGGAGUGCACAGGUAACCAUCAUGCUGGUAUUUCCUAACUCUCGAGUGCUUGACUUUCUAACUGUAAUGUCUAUUAACAGUUUUUCUCUGUUUACAAAAAAAAAUUGUGUGCAUGCAUAUGAGAGAGCAAGCGAGGUCUAAUCAGAAUAUCUUAGUCAAAUGUGUAUAAGUCUGCAAAUGGUGGCUGGUUCCCUUUCAUUCAGUCCUAUUAAUGACUGUUUUAAAGAACCUUCAGAUACAAACUGAUCUAUCCACAGAAUGUCAAGUAUCUGAAUGACUGAUCCAAAGUGUACAUGUUACCAGAAUCAACGUUUUAUUGAUAAAACACUAUCUUAAACUACAUUUUAAAAUAUCUACUAUGACUAUCAUGUUCCACCUGCAGGUGGAAUGGGUUAGCUCUUAAACUGAAGACUGUCUUGUAAACAUCGCACACUUGCAUCCAGCUGAAUCACUUCACCUUUGACUAAAGUUCCAGCUGCCUUAGUUAAUAGAUAUUAAUUGUACACAAUAGUCUUUCAAAUGUGUAAUUGUUGGGGUAAACUUAGUACAGGACCAUGAAGUAGACAAAAUUGGUCUGAAAUUGUACUAUAGUCUUUCAGACUACCAAAAAACAUACAGGUCACACUCUUUAUUGACUGUUACUGCGUAAGUAUAUUUUUGUAUCUUCAUGGUCCUAUUCUUACCUCUGUCUUUCUUUCCUCUUUUCCUAGAAAAAAGGGCUAGUUGUGGCUCAGAUAUAAUGGUUGACUCAUAUAUGUUGUCCAGCAGUCCUGAAAAUACCACAGAGUAAGGCUUCUAGUUCACUAUCGUCACGUGUUGGAGAAGAAAAGUCUUAUGACCAUGUAUUUUCCCGAGAUGACUGAAUUAUACAUCGUAGAAAUAUUUUGAGCAUGGUUUUCAAGCAGCUGAGCAAAUAAUGUCUAACUUGUAUGCUAUAUUUCUGUAAUAGCACUUCACACUUGUGUAAGACAACAAAAUGCCUACAUGGAAUCUAUAGAUGUUUUGAUAGUGCUGGCAUCUAGCUUCUUAAAAUUGCGCUGCCUUCAUUUAAGUAAGAAUUUGGGCAGCCCUUGACCAGUGGCGUUUCAGCUAUUGAAUGUUUUAGUCUUUUGCACAAGUAGUUGUAAUAACUAGAUUGUUGUUAAAAUUUUUGCAUAUGUAGAUUGCUUAAACUCUUUAUUUCUAUUGGAACUAUACUUGAUUUAAGUUUGGGUUUGCUUAAAUGAAGGUUAUUCAGAUGUAUACAAACGGCUGUACGUUAUGCAACACUGCUUUCUGAUGAACACUGAGAAGAUUUCU